AUGGUAAAUAAAAAAGAGGUGAAGAGCAUCAUAAAGGAUUUGUGCAGGAAUGACAAGUACUCAAUUUUACUUCCCACUUACAAUGAAGUGGAGAAUUUACCGAUAAUAAUAUGGCUUAUUGUGAAAUAUAUGGAGGAGAGCGAGCUUGCCUACGAAAUUAUUGUGAUAGACGAUGGUUCUCCAGAUGGGACCCUGGACAUGGCCAAGCAACUGCAACGUGUCUACGGCGAGGAUAAAAUAGUUUUAAAGCCCAGGGAAAAGAAAUUGGGACUGGGGACUGCUUACAUGCAUGGAAUUAAAUAUGCGACCGGGAACUUUAUUGUUAUCAUGGACGCCGAUUUGUCUCAUCAUCCCAAGUUUAUUCCAAAAAUGGCUGAGUUACAACGGUAUCUCGAACUGGAUAUAGUCAGCGGUACGAGAUAUGCGCAGGGCGGCGGUGUUUACGGCUGGGAUUUCAAGAGAAAGUUAGUCAGUAGAGGUGCAAAUUUUCUAACUCAGAUUCUAUUGAGGCCUGGUGCAAGCGAUUUAACCGGUAGUUUUAGACUUUACAAAAAAGAUGUACUGGAAAAGCUGAUACAGUCCUGUGUAUCCAAAGGAUACGUAUUCCAAAUGGAAAUGAUAGUCAGAGCUAGACAAUUCAAUUAUACGAUAGGGGAAGUGCCAAUUACAUUCGUCGACAGAGUCUAUGGUCAAUCUAAAUUGGGUGGUUCAGAAGUUGUUCAGUUUGUCAAGGGCCUUCUAUAUCUUUUUGCUACCACGUAAUUGAAAAAAAUGUAUAGGAUAAGAAAAAAAAUGAUCUCUCCAGGUCAAAGCAUUUAGGCAGCAUCAGGAAGCGUAUCAAGCUUCCUAACCAAACAUUCCAAAUUGUGUACUGCCUAAACAAUUAUAUACACGUAUAAAUGUUUAAAAAAUAUAUAUAUAAUAUAUAUCGAUCUAAAAUGUUUUAAAAAUAAAUUAUU